CUGUUGCAAACACAAUACGUUGUGACCAAUUGAAAGACAGAAGAUCUAAUCAAGUAUUGCAUAAACGAGUUCUAGAUUCUACGAUGUCGCCGUUGGAACAUUGUUCUAAGAUGCUGGAUGUACAGAACCCAUGCCAACAAAUUCUGGGUCCCAGACAGUCCGUCAGUUGCUGCUGUACCUGGUCUUCGGCUGACAUGUUCGUCACGACUUGACAUAAGCUCCUCCCGCUUUUGUCUUGUUUAAAGCCAUAAUUUACUUGUCAAAAGUUUGUUUCGUUUUAUAAGUAUGAGCAUAUUAAAAUCAGUGUCUGGGUAAUAUUUAAUGGCUAAACAAGUAACAAAUAAGCUUUUUGAAGGUGGACUGGAGGUCGACGUGCUGGAGAGAGACGAAGGUAUAGGAGCAAAGCGUUGCAAGAAAAAUCCAGGCCAUAAACACUUUAUACCCUGCAAAGACUUUACAAUCAACCACUUGCCUGUACAAUACAGAGACGUUAGAGUUUACCUGCUGAUACAAUGGCUGAUCAGACUCACAGUCAUGAUCACUGUGGGUUUCGUCAGCGAGAAGAGACCGGAUUUUUACCCCGGGACUGAACAAGCAUAUCCAGCUUCCGGUAAGAAAGGGAAGUCAGUCAACAUGAAAGGUAGUGGGAAAGUGUGUAAGGUGACGAAAUUCUCUGAGAAAGAUAACCGGACUUGUGAAUGUAGGAGUUGUAAGAACUCUACCGAGCCUAAGAAAAUCUGGGGUGUUAUUAAUAUCUUCACUGCGACGCAUGUUGUACAUGACGAUUCCGAGGUGAAGAGUUCCGUGUGUACUUUCGAUUUCGACAGGGAGGGGAGUGUUGUGGUGGAACUCCAGGCGGAGGCGUUGGUGAGGGCCAGCGCGGAGAAGGACUGGUGCCGGUUGAGCUGUGUGACCCAUGACGUGGAGAUGCUUCAGAAACUGGAACACGCGUUAGAGAAAUUCGACGAAUGCUGUCAAAAAGUUCAGGACAUAUUUCAACCAAUCACAGACGAGGAUAAUUUGACGGUGAUCGUUUCCCACCCGCAUGGUAUUCCAAAACGCGUUUCUAUUGGUGAAUGGAAGGUGAAGGUCAGGGAUGAGCGAUGUGGUGACCACACCUACUCGUACACCACGCCCACCUGUGGGGGGAGCAGCGGGGCCUACGUCUACAUCCUUGGGGGUGGGAAGCAGUCCUACGACUACUUACACAAAGGCUGCUCCGAAUCAAAUUACUGCACCAAGGGUUGGGAAACGCUAUAGACAGUAAACAAUAAAGAACCCAACAAUUAAACCGACUUUCGAAAUACAUAAAGCCAAGAAACUUGAAAAAAAUAGUAAAGCUAUAAAUCUCUAUAUCACUUUUCCUUAUUAGAAAUACUUGGGAUCUUAAAUUUAUUUGUGAGCACUGUUGACAUUUAAAAUCUGAUUCAACCAUCAAAUGAAACUUUGGCAUAAUCAAUUCACUUGGACUACAUUUCUAUUUUCUUUACAUUUUAAACCAAAUUUGAACCGAGUAUGUUCUGAUUAUAAUCUGAAGUUUAUUGAUUUUAAGACCAAAGUAUAUAGUCCUGGAUUGGUUACAUUUUUAAACAUUUUUAGAGAUGAAACAUAAUUAUAUCAACCUUAAAAAUUUUAUCAAAAUGUAUUUAUCUUAUCAAAUAUGGGAAUCCUAUCUAUGUGAUUAAAACUUCAUAAGGGAUAUAGGCCUAGUCGCUCAAUAUCGUAAUACAAUAUACUCAUUGUCAGUGGCGUAGCGAGGUCGGGUGUCACCCGGUGCGGCACUUAAUGGUGUCAUCCCCCAGAGGCGCAACGACCCUUCCCGGGGACAAACUUUCAAUUUUCGAU